AUGGAGUUUAUGCGUCACUCUCUGGGAGUGAAAGCCCUGACUGUGGAAGACCUGCUGCAGGCCCAGAAGGAGAUAUCAGCUCACAACUGUCAGCUGAAAGAGCAGACCAAACAGCUUGAGAGAGACAUGGCCUUACUGAGAGACCACAGCCUGCUACUGCUGAAGUCUCGAUGUGAGGAGCUGAAGCUGGAUUGGGGCUCUUUGUGUUUAGAGAGUCUGUUGAAGGAGAAGCAAGCACUGCGCAGACAAAUUUCUGAGAAACAGAGACACUGUUUGGAGUUGCAGAUCAGCAUUGUGGAGCUGGAGAAAAGUCAGCGGCAGCAGGAGCUGCUUCAGCUCAAGUCGUACAGCCCCUGUGAGGGCUCCCCAUACAGGAAGAGCCUGGAAUCGCGCUCUUCCACAGACAUGGACUCCUCGAAGCUCUGCCUGUCCUCUGCCCCAGCCAUCAAUGGUGUCAGCCCAGAGCUUUCCAUUAAUGGCACCAGUUCACCCUGUUUCGAACGCGCCAGCACAAAGGGAGAGCUUCUUUCUCGCUACCUGCCCAUCUCUCCCGACCACGAGAUCGUACCCGCCGCCCCUGACCCUCGGCAGAGGCAGCAAAGCUUCUCCCACACUCUUCCUGACUACACGCGCUUCUCCCCUGCCAAGAUUGCCUUGCGGAGGCACCUUAACCAGGACCCCACUGCCUCAAUUCACCUAAGAGGUCCGGGGUUGACCACACACAGGGAAUUGGUUGGUGUUAACUCACCACUUGGAGCCAAACUAAACUGCCCCUCUCCCAAUGCAUUGGAUGCACAGAAAGGUUCAGAGAGGGGUGGUAAAGAAAGGAGUCCAUCUGUUCAGGUUGAUAACAGCAUCACAAGCCUUCCAAUUAGCAUCCCCCUGAGCACUGUCCACCCAAGUAAACUACCUGUCAGCAUUCCACUGGCCAGCGUGGUGCUACCCAGUCGAGCAGAGAGACUGAGAAGUACUCCGAGUCCCGUCUCUCAGUCAGGCCAGACUAAUGGAUAUUUAUCCAGCUCAGGGCUGAUGAAUGGAGGUCCCCACCCUGAGGACCAUAAUGGUGCUUCUUCAUCGCCUCUUCCACACAGCAACGCUCCUCUGACAGGACCCAUAGGUCGAGGAGGUCCCAUCCAGAGCCCCCCACUCAGUACUGGGGGGGUGCUCCAAUAUGCAGACGGACCACCAAGGAUUCUUCCAGAAGACGGACAAGACCGCCAGGGAGGUGAAUCUGACACCGAGCCCCAGGACAGUGAACUGCGGAGGAGAAUCUUCUUCUCCUCAUCCUCCUCAUCCUCGUCUUCCACUUCAUCAGGCAGUGGAGGCAGCGCGGCCGGAGGUUCACGCCUCCACCAUCACACUGGCAACUCAGCCAAGCAGGGAUACCACAGUAACCAUGGGAACCACCAUCACCAGUCGCCUGGCACACAGCACACACACCCCCCCACACAUAUGUUGUCAUCACAUUCCUCUCACAGCCUCGGCUCUCAGGAGGGACGCAAACGUGGGAGACGAAAACGCAGCUCUGCUGGGCCUGUCACGGCCAGCGGAUCCCCAAAGAGGAGGUCGUUCCCUGGGCUCAGCUCCAACAACCACUCCUCAGGAUCACCACUCAACAUUAACUCCAUGGUCAACAACAUCAACCAGCCUCUGGAGAUCUCUGCCAUCUCCUCACCAGAACAAUCAAGCCGUAGCCCCAGUGGGCCUGACCUGGACCAGCCUCCCAUCUUGAAGAGAGAGCGGCCCCUGGAGCUCAAUGGCACAAGUCGUUACUCCUCAGCCCCCAGCUCGGAUGACGAGGACUCAGGAUACCCUGCUGACAGCUCUAGUUCUCGAAUUGAAAGAAAAAUUGCUACUAUAUCCUUGGAGAACAGGGAUGGACCCAGUAGACUAGGGGAUAAUGAAAGAGGCAGAAAAUCUGGUAGCAGCAGUGGAAACAGCACAGGUAGUGAAGCCUCAUCUUCGUCCUCCUUGUCUUCUACCAGCAAAUGGAAAUCUACUUUUUCACCCAUAUCCGACCCAAAGCAACCCAACUCUGACCUGAGACAGGGGGGCUCACCUUUCGGCAUGGGGGGGUCCAGCCGGGGCACAGACUCAGAUUCUGACCACAAACAACAACAGCAUCAGCAAGCGAGAAAAGGGAGCGACGGAGAGUCGUCCAGCUACAUGACCCCCAAUCCCUUCCUCAGUCAAGAGGCAGGGAGCCGAAGUGGAGGCGGCAGCAGCAGCGGAGCUCAGGGAGGCGGCAGUUCAGAUCAGCGCCAGGCCCACCAGAAGCAGAAGACCCCCCGUGACUGGGAUCUGAAGACGAGCAGCAGCCUGGCCAGUCAGAACCUCUUCAUCUCUGCAGCUGCUAGCAGUGGAGGGGGGAUUCUGAGUGGGAAGGUGGGCGGCAGCCCUGUAGCAGUUUCCUCAACCACUGGGUCUUCUGUGGGACAGUACCUGGGGUCUCAGUUCCCACUUGGAGGGGCGUCAGUGUUACAAUCCUUGUUCGGGGCCCAGACAGGCGGGUCCACGGUGAGUGGGACCCCGCGGCUUGUCAAUGGACACUCUGCCUUGGGAAGCUUCUCCAGUGCAGGGCUGGCAGGGGGAGCAGCUGGAGGUAUAUUUCACCACGUGGUUCCCACAGUGUCCUCCCAUCAGUUUGGGGCAACGCUGCCCGCUUCUGGAGGCCUCAGCUCUCUGCUCAGUCUCUCCUCCGCUUCCUCUACCUCCUCCCAAACCCAGCAGCGCACCUCCCCCCAGCCAGCCUCUGCGCGCCUGACCUCCGUGUCCUCACCUCUCCCGCUCUCACAGGCUCAGCAUAGCCGUACCCAGUCGGUGCUGCACAGCCCCUCUCCUCCCACGCUCUCCCUGCCCCCUCCACCGCCCCUGCACAGCGCCCCCUCCUCAGCACCCACACACUCUGACGCUCCACCAUCGUCCCGGUCAGACCCCCUCCACUCCUCCCGUCUCUCCCAUUCUUCUCUCCAUCACCAGAGAGCACAGUCAUCCCUCUCUCUCUCCAUCUCCUCCUCUGCUUCUGUCUCUGCUGCCGCCGCCGCUACUGCUUCCCUCUCCUCAUCCUCCCUGUCCACCUCCUCCGCGUCUCGUCCAUUCACAGUGCACUACUCUCCUCGGCUGCCCCCCCCACCACCGCCCACAAGCUCAGGUGGUGGCGGGAGCAUGUGGAGGACUCAGGGCAUGCAUGGAAACUACAUCACCUCCCAGCUCCCCGGCUCCAGACCUAGAUAGGGUUUUGGGGAGGGAGGGGGAGAUGGGAGGAUGCAGAGGGGGGGAGGGAAAGGGGCAAUCAGAAGGUGGAGAGAUGGAGAGAAUGAGAGAGAGAGAGACUGGUAGGGAGUGAGAGAGACAGGAUACCUGUUUUCCCUGUGAUCCUACAAGCUGUUGUUCUGAUUGAACAAGGUAAUUGAUGAAAACUACCUCAACAACAUUAAAACUAUGCAAAUGUCCAAGUGCGGACCAAGGCACUCUCCUCACUCACUGGUGCUUCAAAAUAUCUGCACUACCCAACCGCCUGCAAGACCGGCCUCUGUAGUGGGAUUUCUGAUACACAUUCAAACAAACAAACAUACACACACACACACACACACACACACGCACACACUAACCAGCACCACCACUAUGGUCACCUUGAGCAGAAUUCAUUGGUACUGGUCAUGUUAAUGUGAGGAGUGUUGAUAGUGAAUUAUUGUUUGAGCUCAGUACUGGCUGCUGCCCAGCACUGACUGAUCUCAAUGGUCAUGUGUUGUUUAACAUUAACACGCUCAACAUUAUGAUAGGUUGUCAUUUCUUUGUCUUAGUUACGACUAAGCAACUAGUGUAAUAAAUAAUCAGCUCUGAGUGAUUUUAUGAAACAUUCGACAACCGGUAGAAGCACAUGGUCCAACGUUCUAGAGCUGAAUCUCAUCAGGCAUCAUCCUCUGUCCAAAUUUCACUUCAUGUGUGUGCACACUCAAACAAACACACAGACCAGUUCACUGAACUCUGCUCACAUGUCAUGCAGCCUUUCCUCUCUGCAUGCAUGCUCUAUUAUUGCUUGUUUUCUUCCUUCAGUGAAAUUCAGUGUUUGUUGAAGCAUAUUUGACGAAAUGAGGAACUUAAUAUUUUGGUCUAACUUCACACUGGAUAGUAAAAUAGUUACUUGGGUAGCAAAAACACUCUGGCUGGAUUAUUGAUACCCUAAAAACUCUGUUUAUGUUGAUGAUUUGCUCUAUUUUUAUCUUAAUCACUUUACGGACUUAUAAUUUGUACCUUAAUUGUGAAACACAAACACAUUUUUGACCCACAAAACUGAGAACUAAUAUCUCUUUUCUUUGCUGCUAACUUAAGCAAAUUCACAUUGUGAGUAAUGGAAACUGUCCGUGUUUUCUCUUCUUAUGUCAGAUAUUUAACAUAUCAGUGAAAGUUUCUUAGGUGACAAUAAUCAGGUGUAUUUCACAUUCUCUAAAUGAUGGACACAUGAAGAGUGUGAGAGAAAAUCAGUGUAUAAAUUAACCUUCACAUAAAAUGAUCUGAUGUUAAAGUGACUUUAGAAAAUAAAGUGAAUCCGCAACAUUUCCAGGGGUGACAAUAACACUGAGCCAGACUCAUUAGCACAGUACAUUUUAAUGGUUUUCUUUUAAUAAGACCCAAUGAAAUUGAUUUAAUGAGAUGGUGCUCUGUGUCUUGUGUAUCGUUAGCCACACUCUCAUGGAAACCCACUGUUAGUCAGGGGGCCGUGGCUGCACUGUUGUUAAGUAAAACUGAAUCCAGGUGUAAAAGUAAAAUAGUAAAACCACAGACAAUUGAACUCAUUAGUGUAUUUGUGAAUAUUUCCUCCUCCAGUCAGUUUGAUACGUCACAAUAGUCUGUGGAGCCACAGCAGGAGUUUUUAACUUUUCUUAUGCUAAACGUAUUCAUAUUUAUCUCUGCUGUCGCAGGUUUCAGCAAAAUGUGGAUUUAUAGAUUUUACAACACACACACACGCAUGCAAAUCCUCACACACUGGGAAAACACAAUUAACCACAACAAACUACUGGACUCUUUUCACACCUUUUUGUUUUUUUUAUUGUGUAAUUUGUCAUUUUUGUAAACAAUGUUUGUACUGUGAAUGUGAUUCAUGCUCCAACUGUAUAGUUGUGUAUAAUUUAGAUGAUUAUAUUUAUGCCAUCAGUCUCUUCAUUUGCCUUGGUAUUUUUUUCUUUUAAUCCUGAAUUGUGUUGACAUUGUAGAAUGCAAUAGUGUGUACUUGACUCAGUCUGAAAACAAUGGUGCUAAAUUUGGACUGUGCCUAAUCUUAUUUAUUCUUUAGUGAAAACAUAAAAACAAUUUGGACACUUGGUGCUGUACACAGGGACGUUUAUAAAAGCCUUUUUUUUUAGGCAUUUCCUUUUCUCAUAUUUAAUAUGCUGUUGUCUUUGAACGCCUUGUGUACAAGUGUAGACGCCAUCUUUAGAUGUCUACUGUGUAAACAGGUAUGAGGGGCCUCUGUUCAUGUUUCUCACACAGCUGUUAACAUGUGUCCGGCCACUUUCUCAAUAGUAAGUCGCAUAUCUGUAAGUGAACAAGACACACUGUUUUGUACAUAGGUUUAUGUUUUUUUCCCUUGUAUGUCCCCAUCAUAAACAGAAAGCUAUAUAAGAUAUGUCUCUAUAUACAGUCUAUAUGUAUAAAUGAGUAAAAAUAUAUAUAUAAGUCAAUAGGGUUUUUUUUGGUGCUGGCAUUGCAACCCUUAAAUUCAACCUGUUAAACAGGAGGCUUGAAGCCAGGGAGAGCAAAGCAUUGCCACCGCAGGACCUUAAUAGAGGGCGUCUUAACAACACACACACACAACAGAACUAGAAACUCACAAACUGUGUGUA